AUGGAUCCUCCCGCCCGCUUUGUGAGCUCUUGCAAUCCAGCUGUCGCCGCCCGCACAAGCCCCCUGCCCCCGGAGGGCGCACAUUUCCGGGCCGCCCACCAGCUAGAUCACACUGCCAGCCCAUCUGCUUCCGCCAGCUCGGUCCCCGCCAGGCCCCAGUCGCCCCCCGAAAUGCCGGUCGACUUUACCGGGUACUGGAAGAUGCUGGCCAACGAGAAUUUCGAGGAGUACCUGCGCGCGCUGGAUGUCAAUGUGGCCUUGCGCAAAAUCGCCAACUUGCUGAAGCCAGACAAAGAGAUCGUGCAGAACGGCAACCACAUGAUCAUCCGCACUCUGAGCACUUUUAGGAACUACAUCAUGGACUUCCAGGUUGGGGAGGAGUUCGAGGAGGAUCUGACGGGCAUAGACGACCGCAAGUGCAUGACCACGGUGAGCUGGGACGGAGACAAGCUUGAGUGCGUGCAGAAGGGCGAGAAGGAGGGACGUGGCUGGACUCAGUGGAUUGAGGGUGACGAGCUGCACCUGAGUCUGGUCGUCUGGGAAGGUGAUACCCUUGUGUGUGUGCAGAAGGGGGAAAAGGAGAACCGAGGCUGGAAGCAGUGGGUCAAGGGGGACAAGCUGUAUCUGGAGCUGAAAUGCGGCGACCAGGUGUGCCACCAAGUGUUCAAGAAGAAGUGAAGGCUGUGAGGAGAGCCUACCCAGCACGCGCUCCAUGCUCCCCGUGAAGAGUUCUCCGGGGGCUUUGGGGAGCAGCCUCAGGACCCUCCCACGCCUGACAGAGCCCAUUAAGACAUCUGGAUGGGUUUUAAACAGAAUGAGUGUGUAACAGUGACAGCCAUAGUCGUCCUUCCUUGAAAGCUGGCAUUAAA